GCUGUAAGUACUUCAUUUCAACAAUAUUUGACUUAGAGUCUGUGCACAAAGUGCAUUUUUUGUUCUAAUUUCAGGAGGUCUAAUGGCAGGUUUAAGAGACUUUGCCAUGCUUAAUCCAGUAGAUACAAGCGAAGUAGAUUCAACGCCCAAUUCCUCUGAUUUUCCGCCAGACCCAGCCUUUCCGCCAGAUGCAUUUCCGCCAGACACUGGACCCAAGCUAGAUCCCGUUUCUCCCGCUGAACAGUUUCCGCCAAGUACAUCUUCCAGAAUAAAUUCCGUCCAAGCAGACACCAAUUCUCAGAAAGACAAAAACUUACAAUCAGAUUCAUUCACGUCCAAUGUGAAACAGAGAGAUUCUGGAUUACCUUCAGAUACACCAACUGCUACAGACCCUGGCUUUCCGUUGGAUCCUUUAGCGCCAGCGGAAACAGGAUUUCCGAUAGAUCCCUUACCGCUAAACCCUGGUGCCCCGAUAGAUACAGCUUCCCCAGGAGAGCCUUUCCCGCAAAAUCUUGGUACCCAAGUGGACACAAAUGUUCCAACAGAGGCAUUACCGCUAGAUUCUGGUAUGCCGGUAGAUCAGACUUCUGGAACAGACCCGUUUGCCCCUGAACCUGGUACUCCGGUCGAUCCCAAUUUUCAAGGAGAUCCUUUUGCGGGGGAUCCUUUCGCUGGAGAUCCUUUUGCGGGAGAUCCUUCUGGUGGAGAUCCUUUUGCGGGAGAUCCUUCUGCUGGAGAUCCAUUUGCGGGAGAUCCAUUUGCGCCGGAUGCAACCACAUCUGGAGGAGAGGUUCCUACUAUCACAAACGAUUCCCCUCUAUUUCGUUUCUUACCAAGUAUGCCAACAGGAAACCAAUUCAUUAACCUCAAUGAUGGCACAACAAACACGUUUCAACCGACCGAAAACUGGAUUGGUGAACCUUUGGGGAUCGCUAAACUUGAACCAAAUGCCUUAGAUCCGACGGAUCCUGUUUUUCCAGGUACGCCUGUGUCAAACGUCAACGCUGAGCCAGCGGUACCAUCAACGGAAGUGGGUAUAAUGCCAGCUGUCAAUACGCCAAUGUCACCAGAAGUUGUACCUGGUGCUGGGCAACACACAAACGUAAUUCAAAAUGAAGUAAUACCCGUACAAGAAGGACAAUUUGUUCCAGUUUCUUUAGACCCUAUGGCUUCUCCUGAUUCAACAAACAUAACGCCAGACAUCUCAAGAGCAAACGGCCCAGUGGUGGACCCUCAAACAAAACCGCUUGGACCAGUAGUGGAACCAAAUGCUAUCCCGCUUGGACCGGUUGUGAACCAACAUGGAAGGCCUCUGGUACCAGUAGUGGACCAAAUUGGAAUACCUCUUGGACCACCGAUAGACUCAAGUGCAAUACCCUUUGAACCAACGGUGGACUCAAAUGCAGUACCUGUUGGACCAGCGGUGGACCAAAAUGCAAUUCCCCUUGGACCAGCGGUGGCGUUUGAACCAGCAGUAGACUUAAAUCCAAUCCCCUUUAGACCCAUGGUGGAUUCAAAUGCAAUACCACUAGGACCAAUUUUCGCCACACCAGUUAAAUUAAAUCCAGUCGGAGGUGGACAGAAUCAAAAUCAAGAUCAUAGUCCAGGCUCUAGCGCACAGGUGCCAAACAAUUGGAUGCAAUUGUACACUCGGGAUAGAAAGCGACCAAGAAAACGACCUGCAGUUCAACAAGAACAGGCCGAACCGAUACCAUUAUCACCGACAAAUAAUUUAUUGGCACAAGCCUCUAUAAACUCGUUCACAAGGAACAGAAGCCUAUACAGGAGACUUAGAGAGGAAAGAAGACUAGCAAGAAAGCAAAGGAGAGAAGAGAGGAAAAAGAAGCAACAACAACAACAACAACAAAAUCAAAGAAGACAGGUUCAAAAGCAGCAAAGAAAGCAGACACAAAGACUAAAACAGCAAAACAGAGCGGGAAGGGGACGUAUCAUCGUCAGCACAGGUCCUAAAGGGGCAAAAGUGGCUAGAAUGAUAAUACCUGGAAGAAACAGACCUUUCGUCGGCAAAUACCAAAGAGGUCGUCGGAUGGUUGAACCUUGUACACGGGAAAGAAGAAGACUUGGACUCUGCGCCCCGGAUCAGCUACCUCCAGGGGAAGUACAAGCCACUGGUGUUGGACAACAUGUAGAUAAUGCCAGCGGACAGCAUUCGGGUAAAACUGAUCACGGAGGUCAGCCAGUCAAUGGUGUUCAGAUCAUAGACCCUUUGCUGGGUGCACCUGAUCAUGGAAGUCAGUCGGUUGGGGAUGUUCAAAUCACUGACUCUCAGCUUGAACCUCCUUUGGGUUAUAGGGGACGCGGAGUGAGAAACCCUCAGGGUGCAGUACAAGCUGUUGGCGCUACUCGACAACACAUUGGUAACGCCCAAGGAGAAGGUCAGCCAGUUCAAUUAUUUGACCCUCAGCAUGAACCCUCUGCUGGAUAUAAUGGACGCGGAGGAAGAAAUUCUCUAGGUUCAAUACAAUCCAUUGGUUCUGGACAACCCACUGGUACCGCUCGAGGACAACUCUUAAUUGGUAUAACUGACCAUGGUGGUUUACCAGUCACGGAUGGCCGGCAGGUAUCUCCUUUGGGAUAUAGGGGACGCGGACAAAGAAAUUCCCUGGGUCCUAUAGAAACUUUUGAUGCUGGACAACAUAUUGAUAACGCUCAAGGAACGCCAUUGGCAGGUAUUAAUAAUCAUAGAGGUCAGCCAGAUAUGGGUGUUCAGGUCACAGAUCCUCAACAUGAACGUCCUCUGAGAAAUAAGGGACGCAGGGCGCGAAAUCGAGGGAAAUUGAUAAAUAAAGAUGGACGACAAGGAAAUGCUAGAAAUUGGAAGAAACAGCGUAAAAACAAAAUGAAAGGUAGAGAAGGAAAAUUAAUUAACAUGAGACCAAACAUGCAAAAUGUCGGACUAGAUUUUUUACCGCUAGAAAAUUCAUCUGGCAUUCAACAUGUUGCAGACAUUUUGGAUCCUUUUUCUGGAAUUCCACUUGGAACGGGUAUUAACCAAGAGCCACAAGGGAUUCUAGAACCAGUAAUGCCUAGAAAUGCCAGAAAUAGAAGGAAACAGCGUAAAAACAAAAGAAAAGGUAAAAAGGGAAAAUUAAUAAAGAUGACACCAAACAUGCAAGAUGUCGGACCAGAUUUAUUACCCCUAGGAGAUCAAACUGGUAUUCAACAUUCGGCUGACGUUUGGGAUCCUGUGUCAGGAAUGCCAAGUGGACAACCUCGCGGUGUUUCCCAGCAUGAAGUAAGUAUUAACCAAGAGCGAAAUGGUAUUUUAAAUCCAGCUGUACAAAACAUUCAACCUUCUGCUGACGUUUUGGAUCCUAUUUCUGGAAUGCCAGUCGGGACGGGUAUUAACCGAGGGCCACAAGGGAUGCCAGAACCAGUAAUGCCUAGAAACGCCAGAAAUAGAAAAAAACAACUUGGAACAGAUAUAAACAGAGGUAUGAUAAAUCCAUUAAUGCCAAGAGAUGCUAGCAAAAAUCAGAACAAACGAGGUAAAGGAAAGAAACUGGAGAAAGCUCAAAAGGUAGUUGAACCGCUGAACAAUGUUUCGCUAAAUAGCCCACACCAAGACACUGUGUUUGAUUCACAAAUGACAGACAUUGGUAAAAAUCAACGAAAAAUUAACAAACAGAGAAUAAACAGAAGAGAUUUCACAAAUGCAUGUUUCUUUAUUCAGCAUGGUAGCAUUAUAGCAGAGGUAUUCAGUGGCCAGCAGGUCAGUAUAGCAGAGGUAUUCAGUGGCCAGUGGGGUGGUAUAGCAGAGGUAUUCAGUGGCCAGUGGGUCAGUAUAGCAGAGGUAUUCAGUGGCCAGCAGGUCGGUAUAGCAGAGGUAUUCAGUGGCCAGGGUCGUAUAGCAGAGGUAUUCAGUGGCCAGUGGGUCGGUAUAGCAGAGGUAUUCAGUGGCCAGUGGGUUGAUAUAGCAGAGGUAUUUAGUGGCCAGCGGGUCGGUAUAGCAGAGGUAUUCAGUGGCCAGUGGGUCGGUAUAGCAGAGGUAUUCAGUGGCCAGCAGGUCGGUAUAGCAGAGGUAUUCAGUGGCCAGUGGGUCGGUAUAGCAGAGGUAUUCAGUGGCCAGUGGAUCGGUAUAGCAGAGAUAUUCAGUGGCCAGCAGGUCAUUAUAGCAGAGGUAUUCAGUGGCCAGUGGGUUGAAUCCCCUUGUAUCUGCACAUUUUUCUCAACCUUUGGCACAGAUAAUUCUUCAAAUUGA